GGAGCCAUUAGUGAUUAAUGUCAGUUGUUUGGACAUAUCUGGAUUUUGUGCGGGCGGGUUAGCAAGAAUAUAUUUUGAUACCGCUUUGUUAGCACGUUUGUUACGAGCUCGGCUCACAGCCGUUACUCUACUGUCUAUUAUUAGGAGCCUAUUUUGCUGUCAGCUCUGUUUCCGAAACGUUUGACUUGUUGUUUUGAUGGGGAUUACGGCUCUUUCAUCGUGAGACCUUCUGAGUUCACCGUCGUUGCAAACCCACCAGAAACCUGCAGCCGAUUUUUCUUGCUCUCCUCUACCUUUGCAUGCCAGGUCUGUGGAUUAUUUUUGUUUUACAAACGCAAGCUCAGAAAUGAUCCUCGUAGAGGACACACGGUGGCUUUUUGUGUGCUCUUCAUGUCAGGUAAAUGGCGCGGAAAUCCAAGUCCAUCAGGGUUUAUGUAAAGGACUGGCUUCACUUCUGGGUCAUGUUUUGGUACAUCCAGUUCCACUGUUUGCUCGGUGAAGAGUUCACGAUGAGUCACCGAAGAGAGCUGGUUGCCAAAAUGCCCGAGAAACGCGCUGGACUCUGUACUUGUGUUUGUUUCACUUCUGGCUCGAUUGCGUUUGCUGGCUUUGUAGCACAAAAUAAAAUAAAAAUCGCUGACACAGCUGUAGGUGUAGCUCAGAUCAAACUGUUAAACUUGUAGAGUCCCUCCAGUUGUUGUAAGACACCCAAGACCCGUAGGCCUGAAGGGUGGCACGCAAACCGACGUGCGGGGUCUCUGUCAGGGCUGUCAGCUGAACCAACUGCUUCUUAGUAAGUAAACAAACAAAUAGGUGGGCAUCCUCAAGGAAGGCUUCUCCAGAGAAAACAACGAAACACCGCUACCACUUCAUUCCUAAAGGCUCAACUGCCUCACCUAGAGUCUCAGACGCUGAAUAGCUCUUUUGAAGACAGCUUUGAUUAUUACUUUUUGUAACAAAGCAAUAGAUUUUAUUUUAUUUUUUUAUCACUGUGCAAGAUUGAUCUGCACAGUUUGUGAAUCUGGCACAGCUCUUGAGUUGUUUGAUUGAAGACUUUUUGAGCAGUCAAAAUAUAUUUGAUUAGAAGGCUCAGAGGAAGACAAGAUAACAGAGACGUACUGCAAACUGACCGUUUAUAUUGCUGGGUAUGAUUAAUAUGUUUCUGCUGAAAUAAUAGAGAAGUGGAAAGGAAAGCAACUGUGUUGCCAACACAAACAACUGAUCUGAGUCUGGAGCAGUUCUUACUUUGCCUGCUAUUCUCUAACUUUUUCUCUGAAAAGUUAACCUUCAAACAAAACCAGAGGGACCCUUAAUUCAAGGCAUUUUAAUUAUGUUGGAACUGCAGCAUAUAUUAGUACAUGCAGCCAUGAGUGGCAGCCUUGCAUUCAAUGCUCUAGUAAUGCCAUAAUGGGGCGAAUGGCUGGACUGAAGUACUGAACAUAGCAAGGAAAUCCCCAUGUUUUUCAUAAACCAGACAUAACUCUUUUACUCAUAGAAAAGUCAGGAGGGCCUGGAGCUUUCUGUUUGGCUGUCUACCAAAUUCCUCAAAUUAAAUUCUUUUAUUUCGACCCAUGCCUGCAUGUGGUGCAAGGAUGCCCCAUAACGCCGUCCACUGUUCUUGAGAAGGUGACCAAAGAGGAGGAGAAAGGGUAGGAAAUGACGGAGUGUUUGACAGAAUACAAAGCGCUGGUGACUCCGUCCACGCGCAAUGGUCACCGCGUCUUCAGCUACACGCUCGAGAGCCACACGUCAGCCGCCUUCGCCAUCAUGAACGAGCUGCGGCUGGAGCGGCAGCUGUGCGACGUCACGCUACGCGUGCGCUACAAGGACCUGGAGGCGGUGGACUUUGUGGCUCACAAGGUGGUGUUGGCCUCCUCGUCCCCGGUCUUCAGGGCCAUGUUCACCAACGGCCUGAAGGAGUGCGGUAUGGAGUUGGUGCCCAUCGAAGGAAUUCACCCCAAGGUAAUGGACAGACUGAUAGAGUUUGCCUACACAGCCAGCAUCUCUGUGGGUGAGAAGUGUGUCAUCCAUGUGAUGAAUGGUGCUGUCAUGUACCAGAUAGACAGCGUGGUCAAGGCCUGCUGUGAUUUCCUCGUCCAGCAGCUUGACCCCAGCAACGCUAUUGGCAUUGCCAGCUUUGCAGAGCAGAUCGGUUGCACAGAGCUCCACCAGAAGGCCAGAGAAUACAUCUACAUGAACUUCAGUCAGGUAGCAACCCAAGAGGAAUUCUUCAACUUGUCCCACUGCCAGCUGGUCAACCUGAUCAGCCGCGACGAGCUCAACGUGCGCUGUGAGUCCGAAGUCUUCCAGGCAUGCGUGGCCUGGGUGCGAUAUGACCGGGAGAACAGGCGACCGUACGUCCAAGCCUUACUCCAGGCUGUCCGCUGCCAUUCCCUCACCCCCAACUUCCUGCAGACCCAGCUUCAGUCUCUGGACUGGGACCCACAGUGUAAAGACUACCUGGCUCAGAUCUUCCAGGACCUCACCCUCCACAAACCCACCAAAGUGAUUUCUUGCAGAACUCCCAAGGUGCCGCAGCUCAUCUACACAGCAGGGGGUUAUUUCCGUCAGUCGCUCAGCUACCUGGAGGCUUACAACCCUUGCACGGGAACCUGGCUGAGGCUUGCCGACCUGCAGGUACCCCGAAGCGGCCUGGCCGCCUGUGUGAUCAGUGGGCUUUUCUAUGCUGUUGGUGGAAGAAACAACGCGCCUGAUGGUAACAUGGACUCAAACGCUUUAGACUGUUACAAUCCUAUGAACAACUGCUGGCUGCCGUGUGCACCCAUGAGCGUGCCCAGGAACCGAAUCGGAGUCGGGGUCAUCGAUGGCAUGGUAUAUGCAGUUGGUGGAUCACAUGGGUGCAUUCAUCAUAAUAGUGUAGAAAGGUAUGAUCCAGAACAGGAUCAGUGGCAGCUGGUAGCCCCGAUGUUAACACGACGUAUCGGUGUGGGUGUGGCGGUCAUCAACCGGCUGCUCUACGCUGUGGGGGGGUUCGACGGGGCCAACCGGCUCAGUUCCUGUGAGUGCUACAACCCUGAGAAGGAUGAGUGGAAGACCAUGGCUCCGAUGAACACGGUCCGCUCCGGAGCUGGCGUGUGUGCACUUGGCAAUCAGAUCUUUGUGAUGGGCGGAUACGAUGGCACCAACCAGCUGAACACGGUGGAGCGCUAUGAUGUAGAAACCGAUACGUGGAGCUUUGCUGCCUCCAUGAGGCACAGACGCAGUGCUCUGGGAGUCACUGCGCUGCAUGGACGCAUCUAUGUGUUGGGAGGUUACGAUGGCAGCACUUUCCUCGACAGUGUGGAGUGUUACGACCCAGAGCAGGACACUUGGUCAGAGGUGACCCACAUGACUUCAGGCCGCAGCGGCGUGGGAGUGGCUGUCACCAUGGAGCCCUGCCAAAAGGAUUUAUUGCAGUGUCAGGCAUGUGACGGUGGAAGAACCAGUGGCAAGGCGGACCCUUCGGCAAAUGCACGCGAAGAUCUGAGCAGGACCCGAUCCACACACUGACACGCAUCUCAAAACUGACCUGUGAAAACUGGUCCUUUAAAUUGAGUAUCGUUAUAAGAUCCAGACAGUCUAGCUUUGUGCUCCAACGUGGCAUUUGAAGCCCUCAGCUAGAUCAUCAUUUGUAAAGUUCAAGUAAAGGGCUCCAUAGUAAAAAGGUCACUUUACUGGCCCGAUGAGUCAUCAGGGGCUCUUUAUUGCAUUUAAAGAGCAAACUAAAUCUGAUAGGUGAAGGAAAUACUUCAAGCGAUCGAUUAUGUAAACAAAACGUAGCGUGUGCGUGUGUGUGUGCGUGCGUGUGUGUGUGUGUGUGCAGCAAUCAAAGUGCCAUUACAAUGCCUGUGGGCAUUAUCACUAUGUCGGUAUAUUCUCCUGAGGUGCUUGUGUGGGAAGGCACAGGCUGAGUCACUGUGUGGAAAUUAGUGUUAACCCAGAGAGCCACAAGAUGAAGAUCGUACAGUGGGCCUCAUGCAAGAGCUUGUUUGACGUGCUUAUACAGACCAUCUUAAUUCAGUCCAAUAGUUCUUUACAAAAUCACAAUCUGCACAUUAAAAAAGAAUACAUAAAUAAAUAAAGAAGAAGAAUUUAAGCUCCUGAUGUUGGAUAUAUCCAGUACUAGCAGUCCAAAAAAACUGUGUAGUAACAGGUUUUUGAUAUAGCACAGGAACCAUUAUUUCCCUCCUGUUUAUUGUAUAUAACAGUUAUUUGCUGUUAUUUUUAGUAGUAAUGUACAUGUUUAAACUCACCAUCUGUUUAGAACUCAUUUUUUUGCAAAUAAUCUAUUUUUAUUUAAAGUGGACAUCCUGUAUGACGCCUGUGAAGGCACGCGGAAGAUAUUUAAAUCGGUUGUUGUUGAUCUAAGCUGAAGACAGAUUCUGCAGCUCCAGAGCUCUUAUUCCACCUUAAAUAUUUUCAAGAACAUUUUGGAUUACUGGAUCACACACAAGAAUAUACCUGUGAUAUAAAAGAGGGUUUUCAAGCAAGCUGGCAAGGUGGUUCCAGUUUUAAAUCCAAGAACAAACGGCCUGUGCGAGGCAUUUGGUGUUGGUGUGAUCCCUCGCCUGCAACACCAACCAUGACGUGUGCUAUUAGAUUCCAAGAAGAAAUGCUUUGGCCUUUCUUACAUGACUACCUGAGGCUCUGCUGCAGGUUUAUUUUGGUAGGCACGGCUAAAACUAGCAGUCCUGCAGUAAAUCCAGCUUUCACAGUGGGUUUCUACUGUUUUGUUGCCUUUUAGUGAUCUUACUGGGGCAAAAUAAUAAACGCCUGUCACUUUGGUGCAUAACACUUCCACAGAAUCACCACCUUUUUAUGGAACCACUUAAUCAGAAAUUACAACCUUCAUGAAGGUAGGAUUUAUUGCAGGAUGUCAUAUUAUAGAGCAUUACAUCUAGUUAAGUGUGUAUAAUCAUAAACUGGCAGCUGAGUUUCUGUUCCUUCAACUGCAGUCAUUAUGCAGCUGUACGGGUGUGGGGGAAAAUGUGCAUGCACCUGCCAAAUUGUAUAAAUUGUCAUCUCAGAUUAUGGUAGAAAGGAUCUGCUUUAAGCAAGUGGUUCUUGCAUGAGGCCCACUGUGACAAAUUCAAGUGUUGAUACAAGAGUCUGCAUAGUAACAAAUGUGUUCUUUAACUGAUUGCAUAAAAUGUGAAACUUUAGUAAAAUACUGAGCGAUGCUUCUUCUCGGGCUCCACGAUUGUCGUCCAGUGGGAUCGGUGUGCAAAGCGCCAACAGAAUGGAGAAAUUAGUUUAGGCUGUGUUUAGAGGAAUCAAUACUGUAGCAUUUAAACGGCCUGAAUUGAAACAUCUCACUAUUUGCAGACAGAAAUGAGACCCUCCCGCGCGCAGUAAACAAUUUUUUUUGGAUUUUCACAUCCUUGAGACCUCAGACACAAAUGACCAUGUUUGUGCAUUCGUGUUCAAAUAUUGUAUACUAAUGAUUAAAAAAAAAAAAAAGGGGGGGGGGGGGGAAACUUGCUUAAAAAAUGUAUUUGUAACCGCGGUUUAAGCUACAAAUGUUUUUAAGUGAUGUUUUGUACAUUGAUAUUCUACAAAGUCUUGUACAGGAAUUCAGAGCUCACUUUUUUAUUUAUUUGUUCAGGUCCUUUGUGAUUUUUCUUCUUCCUCUAAACUGACAUCAGCUUUGUAUUAAAUUGGACUCUGGUGUAGUGUUUUAAUAACUAGCAUGCAUUGUAACAAACUAGGAAUGCCUGUUAAUGCAGAUUUUGGAUGUUUGUUUAAAAAAAACGCAAAAAAAAUAAAACAAAAAAAGAGAAACCGACGCUUCACCUUGAAAGGGACCUUUCCCCCCCUGUCCAGUGUUUGGAUUAGAGAUGAAAAUAUUUAAAAGCAUCUGCUUUGUACAUUUCUCCCCCCAAGCAAGACCUACCCUGUACAGUAAUGCACUGUUAAUUAAAAUGUGUUUAUUGCA